ACCCCCCCUUUAUAUUCCCCCAGUCUCCCACCUCUUUCUCCCCCAUUUUCCAUCCCACCACCACCCGUCUCCUUCCUCCCUGCCUUCCCCGAGCCGAGCGCAAAGCCAGCGCAGCGUCGCGCCCAUCCUCUUCUCCCUCCUUGUUGGAUCGCAGCUCCUUCCUCCUAGCGUCCGAUACACCAGGCUUCCUUCUGCGAGCAACGAUUAUUGGCGUGCGCACUGGCAAUGGCGUCCACGUCGAGCUCGACGACGCCAGCGGUGGAGCUGGAGGCAGUGGAGGAAAGGGGCCGGAAGCGGAAGCGCGCGGCCGGGGCGGCGGAGCCAGCGGCGCCGUCGCAGCCGUCCAAGUGGCGGACGCGGCGCGAGCACGAGAUCUACUCGUCCAAGCUCCUCGAGGCGAUCCGCCUCGUGCGCGCGGGGCCUUCCUCCGCCGCCGCCGGGUCGGCGGCCUCGGCCCCAACGCGCAGCAGGGCCGUACGCGAGGCGGCCGACCGCGCACUUGCGGUCGCGGCGCGCGGGCGCACGCACUGGAGCCGCGCCAUCCUCGCGUCCCGCCGCCGCCGCCGCCUCCAGGCCGCGCACCGCGCGCGCCUCCGCGCCCCCGCGUCCCCACCGCCUACGCGCCACGAUGCCGCCGCCGCCGCCAGCGCCUCGGCGGCGAAGGGCACCGCCACGCCGCCUCUGGCGAGGAAGGCCAAGGUGCUGGGCCGGCUGGUGCCCGGCUGCCGGAAGCUGUCGUUCCCGACGCUCCUCGCCGAGACCACGGACUACAUCGCGGCGCUCCAGAUGCAGGUCCGCGCCAUGACGGCCCUCGCCGAGGCGCUGUCCGCCGUCUCCGCCACCACCUCCUCCUCCUCAUCCUCUGGCGCCGGCUCCUCCUCGCCGCCGUGACCCGAAGCCUCAGCAUUCGUGCAUUCGUUGUAAAUUUUUCCCUCUCUUUUCUCCCCCACGAAUUUUUCCUCGGGAUUAGUUAACCUCUAGCUUUCUCUCUCUCCCCCCUCCCUCUAGUUUCCUUUGUCGUCUUGUUUCUCCCAGUUCGGUGAGCGGUUAGUGUGAUGAUGAAGAUGAUGAUGAUGAUGAUGAUGAUGGCGUCCCAGUGAUUAACCCGUUCUGUAAUGUGAUAGAAGAAGCCGUAGGCCACAGUGGUUUUGCUGCUGUCUCCUCUCCCUCCCUUUCCUCCCAGCUCAGGAUUCAUUUGUAGCUUGGUUUGUUCUCAUCUGUCUGUUUCGAUCGCUCUCCGAUGAAUGCAUCUUGAAAUGUUCAUUCAGAUCACAUUCACAUCAUCGUGUACGAUGUA